AGGUAACUUAUGAAAUCUGUCAUUAAUGUCAAAUCAAUCAUAGAAGUUUGUUGUAUUAAAUGACUGGCCUUCCUGAUUUUUAUACCCUUCUGAAGCAAACACAUGUUUGAUUUUCGUAUUGCCCAAAGAGUUAAAGAAAAAGAAAUGCCACUCAUUUGAAUCUAAUUAGAGAAACUGCCCCAAAAUAUGUAAAAAUAUAGUGCAAACAUUGAUUGUUGACAUAAAGCUGUAAUGUUUAAUUUAGAUUAUAAACAUGCUCUCGCAGCACACGAAUGCUACCGUGUGUGUACAUUAUUGGCUUUUUAUGAAAUUAAGGAAUAUAAUGUGCACUGAAAAUUACAAACACGGAGCAUUAACUAGACUAAUAUAAAUAAUUAAGCCUAAAAUGUCUUAAGAACCCCAGUAGGAUUUGUUGGCUUUGUUUAAAAUAAUCCACUAUAAUGGGAUCGAAUGAAAGAAAUUCUACAUCUAGUUAUAUUAAAUCGGAAGUGCAAGAUGAUCAACCUUCGGACUUUGCGGAUGAUGAAAAUACUCAGUUAUCUCUCGAUCCAAAAUUACAAGUGUACCUGGCUCAGAUGUCUCGAGAGUCAGGGUGUUGGGGUAGGUUUUUUCCAAUACCUUUCGAGAGAGCGGCACAGAAAUCCUGGUGGGACCCUACCUUUGAUUCUGAAAUUCUCGAAGAACAGUACAAAAAGAGUUCCCAUCUCCACAAUAAAUUGAAAUUCAGGUACGCCUUAAUUUACAUGUCGAUAGUGUCGGUGUCGUGGCUGGUAUAUUUUAUAAUAGCUGGUUUUAUCGCCGAUCAAGAUCAUCGCUAUUGGCCUCUGCUGUGUACCCUUCUACUCCUGCUGGUAAUAUGUUUAACGGUAUCCCUCUUGUUUACUUAUACAAGAAUAUACCGUCAUCACAUGAUCUCUGUGUCAUUGUCGAUAUCUCUCCUACUCAGUAUACUAAGUUUAUCGUUUCUAAUUGUGAUCCAUCCGCCCCCAAUCGGUAACUUUUCGUUGUGCAUUCAAAUGUUGUUCCUAAUAUAUACUUUAGUACCAUUGAAACUCUACAUGAGUUUAACAAUAGCAAUCUUUUAUUCGGUCGGUUUCGAAUUACUCAGUUACUUUUUACAUCCGAACGAGAAAGAUGGCGUGUCUACGGGCGUGACGAAAUUAUUGUGUCACGUCGCAAUCCAUUUGAUAGGUUUCCAUAUCUGUCUGAUGAGUAACGUCCGCAUGAGGAAUACUUUCAUGAAAGUCGGACAGAGCUUGUUGGUAAGACGGCAGCUGGAGUUGGAGAAACGUCUCAAGGAAAACAUGAUACAUUCGCUCAUGCCAAAGAGCGUGGCCGACUGGUUAAAGAAGGAAGACGAGAAUUUCACCAGGCGCCAGUCCUCGGAUUCUACCAACGAUAUUCGGUCGCUCUUUCGACCGUUCAACAUGGACCAUAUGGAGAACGUUAGUAUCCUUUUCGCUGACAUCGUCGGGUUCACCAAAAUGUCCAGUAAUAAAAGUGCCGAGGAGCUAGUCGACAUUCUCAAUAAUUUGUUUCAAAGGUUCGAUUUGCUGUGCAAGUUUCACAACUGCGAGAAAAUAUCCACCCUAGGCGAUUGUUAUUACUGUGUUAGCGGCUGUCCGGAGGCGAGGGCCAAUCACGCAUUGUGCUGCGUCGAGAUGGGGCUGAGUAUGAUCCAGGCGAUUAAACAGUUCGAUCAGGAGAGGAAGGAGGGGGUUAAUAUGAGGGUGGGGGUGCAUACGGGGAAAGUGUUGUGUGGCAUCGUCGGGACGAGAAGGUUUAAAUUCGACGUGUGGAGUAACGACGUUACUUUGGCCAAUAAAAUGGAAUCUACGGGUAAACCUGGAAUGGUUCACAUAUCUGAGAAGACUGUUAAUUAUCUCCAAGACAUGUACAACCUGGAGGAGGGGGAAUGUGUUUUUGGGCUGAAAACCUAUUUCAUACUGGGUCGCAAAGGUGACAAAACCCCAUCGUACAGUGGUUCCUUCAGGGCAGAAGGCCGUCAGAAAUACGCCAACUCCCUCCAACUCUUCGUGUCGCCCCCUUCAUCAAACACAUCGGUGUCCCCCCAAGCACGUUCACGUGUACUCUCAUGCGACACGUCAGCGAAUUACACUAAACCGCAGCCUCAGGAUAAAAAUUUGCUAUCGCCCGACGUGUGUAAAAUAAAAGCUAGCAGUUUACCCAGUAUUUUGGAUAUGGAGAACGAGGAUAUAUUGGGGAGCGUGAAAAAACACGAACAGUCAUGUACGGACGACAUAAAAACACCCACGAGCACUGCGAGCUCCGGGAAGUACUCUGUGAAGUUAAAGAACUGGAAAAUACCAAAGUUUAUGAGGAAAUCGUCAGACCAAAGACAGGAAUUGGAGGUGGACGUGUUUACGGUCUCUGCGGAACCGUCGACUGAAGACGGUUAUCAGCAGGUGCCUACGAUCAUCGAAGCUAACGCGAACGGGAAAAAGAAAGACUCAUUUAUAAGCAUAACGAAACCCGAGGAGGAAGAACUAAUCAAAGACACCCUAGACAUAAAGUCCUACAUCAGCCAGUCCCGUAGCGACAUCGGCCAGUUCGAUUUCUCCCCAAAUAGUGAAUUCAUGAGGACAGGAAGUUACAGAUCUCAGUACGGCAGAUCUCCUAUUCCCGACAUUUCGUUCCUGCAACGUGCAGGAAGUAACAGAUCUCGAAGAGGAAGGUCUCCUAAUUUCGAUGGGUUAGAACCGACGGAACGUGCGAGGAGCGCGACUAUUACCGGACCGAAUCUCCAGAGGCCCAAGAGGUCUCUGGACGUACCGAGUAGAUUGUCUAGCAUAGCCAUGUUGGAAGAUUACUCAAAUCACAGCAGGAAGGAUUCUGGAAUCAAGAGUAACAGCAGAAGAAGCAGCAUUCAACAGAUAGACAAUGCGCUCAUUAAUCCAGAAAUGCUACAGCACAGGGUAUCAGGGUACUACACGUCCAGCCAAAGCUCCAUAAACGCCCCACAAGUGCCAAGACUCGGCGGACCAUUUUUCGACAAGUUCGGAACGUGCAUACAAAACCUGCGUAAACAAUCAGAUCGACAACUCAUCAAAUGUGUUCAAGACAACUCCAAAUCACGGUCUUCUUACUUCAUCAAGCCGCCUCUCUCUAAGGUAACUCUCUUCUUCAAGAACAAGGAGAUGGAGAGGCAGUACAGGAUGAACGUUCAUUACAUACCCAAGAAAGACGUUCACGCCAUCCCAACUCUAGCUAAUUCUAGCUUUAACACCUAUUUAGAUGUGUUCGUUUCCACUCUGGUGUUCUUGCUCGUGUCGGCGGGUGGCGUUCUGCUGUACGGUGUUACGCAGUUCUGGCUGGUGACUUUUCUGUUGUUCCUGGCGCUGCAGCUGCUCGGGCUCGCCAUUUGUAUCAAAUCCGUUAUUCGAUGGACCGACAUGAUUUUCUGGUGUUUCAUCCGCUUCUACCGUUGGAAUUUGUUUGGGGCGGUGCUCGUUAGCUUGCCUCUGGUAUCGGUGGUGGUGAAUUUUGUCAACGAUACAGAUACAACGUACUUUCAUCUCAACAUUUUCACUUAUUUGUUGUUUGUCGGGCUGGUGCAUUUCUGUAAUUUUACCCAGCUGAAUUGUUGGAUGAAAAAUAUACUUGUCACGGUCGUUUCUUUAGGGUUUGUCGUACUUUUCUUGGGGAAUCCUUGUACUAGCGUUGAACCGGAUCUAAACGCCACGAUUAUCGAAACUUUAACCGUGAACAAUAUGACAAUUCUUGAACCUUACGUUUUUAACAGCACGGAAAACGUGAAGUAUUCUAAGGGUUGUCGUUUCCACAAAGCCGAAGUCUUGACGAACCUGUUCUUGUUGGUCGUUUUAGUGUGGAUCUUGACGAGAGAAUUCGAAAUCCGGUACCGUUUAAGUUUCCACGCGAACUACGUCGCGAUUAAGGACAAAAACAAGGUGCAGAGCCUUAAAAACCAAGCCGACUAUCUCAUUUAUAACAUCGUGCCGGAACACGUCGCUGAACAGUUAAAGAAAAACGCUAAAUACUCGGAAAACUUCAAAAACGUCGCCAUCAUCUUCGCCAGCAUAGUCAACUUCAACGAAAUGUACGACGAAAGCUACGAGGGCGGGAGGGAGUACUUACGGGUACUGAACGAACUCAUCGGGGAUUUCGACGAGCUGUUAGACCGACCGGAGUUCCUGAGCGUAGAGAAAAUUAAAACGAUCGGCUCAACUUUCAUGGCGGCAAGUGGGUUGAAUUCCUACAUGCGUCAGCAACAGAGGGACCCUAACGAACACUUAUACGCUUUAUUAGACUUUGCUAUAGAGAUGCAGAAGGUAGUAAACGAUUUUAACAGGGACCUACUAGAAUUUAACCUCAUUUUAAGGAUAGGAUACAAUUUCGGGGACGUCACGGCGGCCGUUAUCGGCAACACCAAGCUGUAUUACGAUAUUUGGGGGGACGCGGUGAAUAUCGCCUCGCGGAUGGAUUCGACGGGAGUGAGCGGUAGGUUGCAAGUGGGCGAACAUUGCUUGCCGGUUUUAGAGAGCCGGUACGAGUUCGAACCGAGGGGUUCCGUGUACGUUAAAGGUAAAGAUAACAUGAACGUUUACUUGCUUAAGAGGAAGAAAACUCCCGAUCUGCUUUGCGUUCCUGACGUUUCCAUGUGACCAGUACGGCGUAGGAUUUAGUCCAUCGGCCAACUAAAAAUUAGCUAUAUACGGAAAGAGUACAGGGCUGGCCAAAUUGAAGAGGUGCGAAAAAAGUGAAGCGAGCUCUGAAUAUUUUUGAUAAAUCGUCGUUGACCCUUAAAUAUCAGAAAGGAAAGUUGUAACUCGUCGAAUUUGGUCCACCCUGUACGAUUAUGUGUUGUCUGACAGUCGUAGUACAAAAUACUUGUUAAUGCUCAAUGUUUUCCGUGUGCAUGAUACGACAUGCAUUUUUUGCUAACAUUCACCUUUAUUAAGAAUAUCGUGGAACCAUUUAACUUGGCUCUAAUCUAAAAUAAACCCAUAAAGUUAUUAAAAUAUUUAAUCUAAUACAUACUAAUAGUAAAAACGAUGAAUUAGCAUGUUCUGUAUUUAUUUUGCCUUACGGAUGUAUAGAAAAGGGUCAAUUGGAAUGUCUCUUGUCAUAUCUCAUCAGGUGGAUUGUGUAGUUGUUAUAUUCUUUAUAGUAAGAACUAUACGGGACGUAAUGGAUUUUUCCGGUUGUCCCCUUGCUGUACACUCUAUAAUUUGCUCAAAAGGCCAACCAAUGGAGAUUUUUUGGCACACUUAAAUAUUACAGCAAAUAUCACAUAUUACCUUUUGAAAGAUACUUAG